UUCAGAUUAAAAAAAGAAUCUGUACUUGAAUCCAAAAUUCCACUCUGAAUCCUAUUAUCCUACAGCAAUUUCUUCAGUUCAUCACCUCCUUUUCUUGCUAAAACUUUUCAUUGUCUAGACCAAAAUUCACACAUUCAAAAAUCUUUUCUUACUAAAACUCUCUCUAUCUCACACAAAAACAAGAGGUAGCUUUGAUCAGAGAUUAUCAGCUUCAAUGGAGUCUUGUGAUUCAUCACCAAAUAAUUGUAUGAGGGCCACAAGCACCUUUGAUGCAAAGAAGGGUUUUUCUCCUCAAGGGGGAAGUGAAUGUGAUGAAAUGGCUUCUGUAACUUCCUCGACUUGUGGGUCGUCUAUUAACAAACCGGACGACAAUGGAGGCCUCAAACAUAGGACCAAUAAAAACCGAACAUCAAAAAGCUUCAACAAGGUUAGAACUUUCCGGAAAAGAACGAAAUCAAGAAAUGUUCGUCAAACUCCACUCACGAUACCAUACGAAAAUUCCUCUUUCGACUCGUCCGAAUCCUUGCCUCACUAUCUUAAAGCCACAACUUGUUCGCAAGGCAAGAAAACGGGUAAUAAGUCCUUACAAACUAUUUCGAGCUCGUCUAGCUUUAGGAAUGUGGGGUUUUUAAUGAAGAAGACCAGUUUCAAGCCAAGAAAGGGGAUUUUGAAUUAUUCUAAGUUUAUUUCUGAGGAUGUAGCCGUUAAUCGAGCGACUUAUUCUUCGACUAUUAAAGGCUCGAAUUUUUCCAAACGGGUCGAGUCUCAUUCGGUUGGGAAAGAACCGGAAAAAGUUUGCCGGUACCACCAUUGCUCUCUGCACGGGCUUUGCGGAGGAACUCGUGCUCCCAUUGCUCGUACAAAGAGUUUUCUUUACAAAAGGAGAAAGUCGAUGAAAAUGCAAAAGCCCAUGUUGAAAAGAAUCGAGCCGGAGCAUUAUAUGAAGAAGAAAAAUCAAGAUAAGAACAGUGUCGAUUCUUGUGAAGAAAAUCGUACCAAUCGGGAAAAGGGGCCGUUUGGAUAUGAAAAUGUUAUGGGAUUGGAUAUUGUAGAAGCUGCGUGUGGCGAGAUGUCGUUUCCCGAGAGAAGUUACGAGGAGAAUCUCGAAAUAUAUAGAAAAUAUUCAUCGUUCGAAGGGGAAUUUUGUUCGAGAUGCUCUUGUCAUAUCCGGGAUGAAGUAACUUACUCGAGUCUCGAAAAGUCAAACGAAAAAGUCAGCAACUUUAGUGAGGAUAGCUCGGCUGUGGACUGUGCUAGCGACGAAUCGAUUAAAUUUUGUCCUGAAACUCCAAUUGCAUUCCAAGAGUCGAGCAAAAGGAGUAUUAUUGAGAUAUCAUCAUUUUCUUCUCAUAGCGAUGAUGAACUGGAAUCGAAAGCCGAGCAUUUUCCAGCUGGCAAUCUAAAAUGCAAUAACGAUAAAAUCACGAGAGUUAACGAGCCCGAUCAGCAAGAAGAAGGGAGAAAGCUUCAGUUCAGCAAGCAGAGGCAUAUCAGCAUGUGGCAUUUGAUACAUCAGAACAUGACUGGAAAUUUGGCUGCGGGGCCCACAGACAAGCCGUUCGAAAGCGAAAACUCGGUGGAUAGUGAAGAAUCUUCUCUUGGAAAGGGAAGUACAACUCCGAGUGGAGACUCGAUUACUGAUUCUGAAAAUCAAGAAAUCGAGGUACGUAAGAUGAUUGCUAUCAAGCUCGUUCGGGAGGCGAUCGAGAAGAUUCUUCUCCCGGAGGUUCAGGAUCAGACGUCUGAUGAUCAGUCGGUUACCAGUGAAAGUACUCCAAGAAUGGCAAUUAUCGAGCGAGAUCAAACUCGAGCUAUAACCGAACAAAAUCAUGAAGAAUCGGAUGCUUUUGACAAAGUUGAUCGAGCACAAGAAAGUCAAAUCAAUGAUAAGACUUCUUUAGGUCAAGUGAUCAAAAAGUCCGAAAAGAAAGCUCCAAAACACUGGAGCAAUCUCAAAAAAUGGAUCUUGCUUCAGAAAUUCAUCCGGGAAUUGGAGAAAGUGAGAAAAUUCAACCACCCCAAAAAACCGAACCUCUUACCGCUAACCUCCGAACCGGAAUCCGAAAAAGUCAACCUCAGACACCAAACGGCUGGCGGCAAGAAAAACGCCGAGGAGUGGAUGCUCGACUAUGCACUCCGCCAGGCUGUACGCCAGCUGGAGCCUACUCAGAAGAAGAAAGUAUCGCUGCUCGUGAAAGCAUUCGAAACUGUGGCUCCUUCGAGUCUCAACUCGGACGAGCCCGUUUCGGAGAAAAAUCGAGAUAAACAUAAUGAGGGUAUUUUAGUCCAAAAAAACUCUGCAAAUCAAGAAAGUGAAGAAAGUGAGAUUAUCGAUAUUACGGACAAGAAAAAACACGUAGAGAUGUGGCACAUGAUAUAUCAGCACGUUGUGUCGGGCAUUGCUGAAAAAAUCGGGACUCGACUUCUCGACGAAUCAGAAGAAGACGUUAUUAUCUCGACCGAAGAUCACGGGUCGAGAGAGUUCACCAAAUCUGACGCGCUCAAGCUCGUUAAAGAGGCGGUUGAUGAAAUUUUACUUCCGGAAAUUCAAGACGACGACUCGUCUGAAAAAACCGAGCAGCUGCCGACAGGUAAAAACUGGAGCAAACUCAAACGGGUUAUCAUGCUUAAGAGAUCGAUUGAGGCUCUGAAAAAGGCUAGAAAAGUAGAACCGAAACCAAAUGAUUCGCUUCACGAGACGCCACCUGGCGAAAAAGGGGAGAAAGUCGAGCUGAGACGGGAGAUGAUGGACGAGAGGAAAAAGGCGGAGCAAUGGAUGCUCGAUUAUGCAGUUCGACACAUUGUUACGAAACUGACUCCGGAUAGGAAAAGACGAGUGUCGAUGUUAGUCGAGGCUUUCGAAGCAGUUGUUCCCUUACCAGAGAUGUAAAAAACAGUCAAACACACUGAAGAUUUUUUGCAAGUUUAAGGAAAGAAACAAAAAGAAGAACAGUAUGGGGCAACGUAGAUAUAUCAUAUGUGUUGUUUUUUGAAGGUAAGCCAUUGUGAGUCCUUAAUGUAUGCUUGUGGUAUUUUGUAAGAAAAAAAAAUAAAAAAUCUUUCUUGUAUGAAUUUUAAGUAGUUAUGGUGUGGAUAUAUCAGAAGUUCUAUGGUGCUCAUAUGAGCACCAUAUGGUGCCAUAAUCUCAUGAUCCAACGCUUAAUAUCCAUUGUGGAAUUGAUAG